AUGGUGGAGCUAACAGAAAUUACCGAAGACUCUCAAAACUUAGGCCAAAAACCUAUCAACCCUCAACCUUUUGGCUCUGAAAAGGCUGAAGAAAGCUCUGAUGAAGAAGACUACUCCAGUGAUGGGGAAGACUACUAUGGUGAAAACGAAACCCUUUACGAUAGAAUUGUUGCAUUGAAGGAUAUUAUUCCACCACAACAAAUGAGCGCUCUAAAAUCCGCUUACAACAUGACUUCUUCUAUAUUCCAUGGAAUUUUCUCUAAGGGCGGUAAUCUCUUGUGGAUGGUAACUACUUCUGCCUUGCUUUUAGGUGUUCCUUUGUCGUUAUCUAUUCUUGCUGAGCAACAGUUGAUUGAAAUGGAGAAGAGUUUCGACUUACAAAAAGAUGCUAAUGACAUUUUGGCUUCGGGCGACACAGCAGCGGCUCCUGCAGCUCUAUAA